AUGAUAAUUGCUGCAUGUAGUGGCGGUGUUGGUAAUGCAGGUAGUGGCGGUGUUGGUAAUGCAGGUAGUGGCGGUGUUGGUAAUACAGGUUGUGGCGUCCCUAACAAGUCCAUUUUAAUGCAAAUGGGAAGAAGAGAGAUGAAAGAGGAAGGGGGAAGGAAUGAAGGAGGAAUGAAAGAGGAAGAGGGAAGGAAUGAAGGAGGAAUGAAAGAGGAAGAGGGAAGGAAUGAAGGAGGAAUGAAAGAGGAAGAGGGAAGGAAUGAAGGAGGAAUGAAAGAGGAAGAGGGAAGGAAUGAAGGAGGAAUGAAAGAGGAAGAGGGAAGGAAUGAAGGAGGAAUGAAAGAGGAAGAGGGAAGGAAUGAAGGAGGAAUGAAAGAGGAAGAGGGAAGGAAUGAAGGAGGAAUGAAAGAGGAAGGGGGAAGGAAUGAAGGAGGAAUGAAAGAGGAAGAGGGAAGGAAUGAAGGAGGAAUGAAAGAGGAAGAGGGAAGGAAUGAAGGAGGAAUGAAAGAGGAAGAGGGAAGGAAUGAAGGAGGAAUGAAAGAGGAAGAGGGAAGGAAUGAAGGAGGAAUGAAAGAGGAAGAGGAAAUUUUUAAGAAAUUAUUGUUAAGCUAA